UGUCAAUUGUCAUUUAUGAAUGAAUCGAAAGUGGGUGUUCAAUACAACGGCGAAUUAACAAAUAAACAUUUCCAUUAUAUUUAUAUAGUAAUGAACUCAUGAAACAGGAUCAUGGAAGGGCUGCCUACAGGCGAUAUUCAGGCAAAGUACCAAAAAUUGGCUUCGGAGUAUUCUAAAUUGAGGGUGCACGUGAAGGUAUUAAAGAAGGGCGUUCUAGACGAACAAGCUAAGUCGAAUGAGCUCCGGGAUACAUUGAAGGAGAAAGAAAAGUCUCUGAGGAGAUGCGAAUUGGAGAUAGAUUCGUUGACAUUCAGGAAUCAGCAGUUGACGCGGCGUGUGUCUGUUCUGCAAGAUGAACUUGACGCCUACCAGUUGAAAUUAACAAAGAAAUCUAAAAGUAAAGGAGAUGAAAAACAGCCCCCUGCAGCCAGUAACUCAGGUCCACUUGAUCCAGGAUUGCUACAGGAGGAACUUCAGAAGAAGAUAAUUGAGAAUGCACAGUAUGCCUCACAGCUAUCAGAUAAAACAUUUGAAGUAUCCCAACUGAAGGCUUCCCUGGAGGAUUAUCAGAAACGCAUAAAUGAGUGUGACAGUAAAUACAAAUGUGAGAUAGCAAAACUGAAGAACAAGAACCAAGAAUUACAGUUUACCCUUGAAGAGGCACAAAAAGACAGACUUGGUGGCACUCCAUAUAAAAUUCACUUGCCUGGAAACAGCCAAGCGGCCAGUUGUAAUGGUGACUUUUUGUCGGAGGGAGGCAGUCUGAUUGGUAGUGAAGAUGCCUUGAGUUCUGUCGAUGACUUGAAUAUUAAUGAACAGCUUAGUAUAAAAACACACACAUUAGAACAGGAAAAUCAAAAACUCAGAAUGGAGUAUGAACUCCUACAAAUGGAGAACGAAAGCCUUAAACUAGAAGUAGCUAAACAUGUAUCAGCCUCUCAGAAACGGAGAGGGGACGGUCAUGAUUCUGGUGACUUCAAUAACUUCAAUGAGCCCUCUGUGGACUCGGAAGGUAGAGUCACAGGUUUAUUGGGCAGUUUGGAGGCACCAUUCCUGCUAAGUCAAGAGGUCCAGUCGAGGGAAGACAGGAUGAAGACUUAUUUUAGGAAUAAGCUCAGUGAGCUGAGUGCAGAAAAAGAUGAGCUGAAGAGCAAGACUGAACAUUAUGUGAAAGAGUGUGAAUUAUUGAGGCUACGGUUUGAGGAGAUGGAACGUGAUAAGCAAACAGAUCAACACACGAUACAAGAGAAACAUAAUACAAUCAGUAGACUGGAGGAAGAGCUGCAUUCUACGUCACAUAAUUACGAGGAGCAGAUGUCAGUGUUGACAGAACACGUGGCCGGGCUCAACGAGCAACUGACUCGGCAGCAUGAUGAGAUCCAACUUCUCAAGCACCAGCUCAGCACCAGGAAGAAGUAACCCAGACUGAUCCUGUAGUCCUCAUAGAAAUAUAUACCGGUAACUCACUGUAAUGCAUAGAGUAAUGUAAUAUUUUAAUUAUAUUUUUACUGCAAUCUAUACUUUUUAUUUUAACGUCUGCGCUGAUGAUGGACAUUUUAUCAGUGGACCUUUUUAUGCUGUUUACUUGUACAAUACAGGUGUAUUGACUAUGUAUUCUAGGGUUUUUGUUAUGCUUGAACUUAAAUUUAGAACCAGGAUUCUCUCGUACGAUUUAAAAGCGUGAAAAUACGAGACAAAUAUAUACAAAUACAGUAGAAAACAUAUUUCUCUGUAGAGAUAGAGUGCCUUGUCUACGCAAUCCAUUUUACUAUCUGUACAGGCGUAAAUAAGGGGUCAACCCGGGAAAAAGUAAUUGUUAGUAAUGACGCCUAACUGUCCCAUUGCUAGCAAUAUACUCCACUGGUAGGUACCCCGCCAGCGUAUACAAAUAGCGUAGGCGGAGUUCCAUUUUCACCUAUAAAAAAUCACCAGAAAAAUAAGUUUAAAUACGCUAAUGACUAUUUAAAAUUACAAAAUGAUUUUAUACUAGAUUGUGACGUGAAAACAUCUCACAUAUUAUAAUUGACGUCAGUAUACAGUCCUUGGCUAUUUUUAAAAACUUUGUUAAAUCUCACUUCCUAUCCUUACAAUCACUUAGGCCUCCUUCGUUCCUAUCAGAAUUUUAUGUGUAUAUUAGAAGUGUUAUAUAUGUAUAUUAGUGUUGUGUCUAUAUGUUAUGGGUAUAUAUAUGUGUGUGUGUAUUUAUUUAUUUAUUCGAGCGCAGUGAUGGCUGGCUCAUCCGUCAUACUCGUGAACGGGUGCUGCUUGUAGGGACUGGUCUGCUCUAAUCACUAUGACUGAUUUCCUCUUAUUAAUUGUUUAACCAGUUGGUUAUGUAUUCAAUAUUUUUUUCUUUUUGAGUAUUUAAUUGAAUUAGUGCUAAUUGGUGGUUUGUAUUCACACAAUUAAACUUAAAAAUGUAAAAUAAUAAUAAAAUUAUUUAAAAGAGCAUCACGCAAGUUUCUUGCUCGUUCUUCUUGUGAUGAGACAGCUUUCCGAACGAGCGGUAAAUUAAAAAAAAUGUAAUGACUUUUCAAAAGUGCUUCAAUGUAAGUUUAUUUGAAUAAAUGAUUUCUAUUCUAUUCUAUUCUAUUUAUGUGGAGGAAUUGUUAGGAAUGAAAUCUAAGGGCACCAUUGCUAGCAAUAUACCGAACCAGGUCGACCCCUACGGGGUCCCUCCUGGAAGCAGAAAAUAAUUCAAAAGUAAUUGUUUUUAUUUUGAAAAAAAUUAUUGAAAACUGUAGUUUUCAAUAAUUUUUUUUCACUCACAUGUAAACUUUUUGUGGCAUGAAUCAGAUCUUUACUUUCUUUUUUUUCUUUGUUAACAUACUCAAACGGUACAACUUUUUGCCUUUAGUUUUAAACUUAGAAGACCCUGCUGCUUAAGUCGAAUCUGUGCAAAAUUCCUUACUCGCACUACUUGUGCAACGUUACCCUACCCGAAAAGAUCUAAUACUAAAAGGAUACUCAAAAACUUAAAAAUCUGUAGGGGGAAAUCGAUUUCUUCCAAUUAAUAGCAAUUUAUUUUAUUUUACACUCAGACCUAUAUGUUAUAUUUACUUGUUACGACUGUUAUUAAUGCUUAGAUAUAAGUGUAACCAUUCUAAACAGCAUUAAAUAAGCUACAAUGUUGUAUAUGGUAUAAAGGAAAUUAAAAAAUUAAGUUAGAGUUAAUUUUAAAUUUCCGCCAUCCAUGUCGAAACGUUGGCGAUAAAAAUCAGGUAUUCAGGUAUUAAUUACCUGCAAUUAGGUCGCGUUAAGACUUGAACGUGUAUUUUAAAAUAUUUGUCUUCGUUGUGGUUACACUCAGUUCAUUGUACUUACUCUUGUAAGUACAAUGAACUUCUUGUCUUGUUCUCUUGAACACAUAAUUUCUCACACGUAUGCACGACAGAGAAUAUAACUAUAUUAUGACGUCAAAUGCAAAGUAGUCAGUACUAGAGGUGAGACAUAUAUCGUCAUAGUCGUAGAAUACUGACGGAUCUAUAUAUGUAAUCUUCGUCAGAUCCGUCAGUAUUCUACGACUAUGACGAUAUAUCGUAACAACCAGACAUAACAGUUUUAAAAAAAUAACAGCUCAGAACUGUUCCUUUCAAACCGUAAUACCUGUUAGAGUUCUAAAACCUACAAUUGUGUGCGUUAAAUAUUUACCACAAAGGGUUGCGCCAACAGUGGUCAAUCCUCGACUUAUAUAUUUAUUCCUUAUGAGGAACUAUUAUUAUUACUAUGGUAAAAGGUAACUUUAUAUUAGGUAUUACUACAUUAUACAUAGGUAUUUACUAUAUGCUACAAGAAUAUGUUAAUAAUAAUAAUUUAUUCGCUCAAAUAUGGGUAUUACAGAUGGUACAUUAUUAGGUUAUUACCGCCCCCCCCCCCCAUAUUUUACCAUAAAUGGCGUGCAAAUCUUCUUUUACUAUAAAUAUUAGUAAAGUUCCAUUAUUAUAGUAUAAUAUAUCACAAUGUCUUAAUUAUAAUAGAUUAUAGAACAAAAAAGAAAACAAUUAUUACAUCAAAAUUUGUCUUGUCUCUUGUCUCAUGGCAAUACAACGCAGUCAUUUAUCGUUUGUUUAAUUUUUAAAACUAUCUGUCAUAUAUUAAUUUAGAGUGUAGUAUGCUUUGUCAAUUAGUAUCUUCUUUAGUUCCUUCUUAAAUAGAUGCAAAUGAUUAAUGUCUUUUAUAUAUUGGGGUAAUUUCUUAUAUACUUUCAGACUAUGCUUGUUGGAUAAAAAAAAGGGUAAAGGAUAAACCUGGGUCACUUAGUCCCCGCGUGUAGGUCUUUUGUACGCGUUCUCGUUCUCUCUUCAAAUUAUCCUACACUUUUGUUGAUUUGCUUAAGUAUCACUGUAUGUUGCGCGGAGAUCGCGGCUGAUUGAAUAAUUCGCAACUAGUGGAGAUUUUUCGUGAUCUUGGCGGAACUUGAUCAGCUCGACACGCAGUUGGAUUAUAGACUGAUUUUGUCCAUCCACCCCCCAAUGUGAUCCCAGAUUAUCCCAGGAGGGUAGAAGGAUAUUGCGUUCGGAAAUGUUUAAUGCAUAUACAAAUGAUGAGAUUAUAUUUACCAAUGCUAUUAUUGUAUACUGUUGUGUUACACUUUGUGACUCGAAUAAUAUGAUUUUUGCUUUUUUUUUCAUAAUCUGUGAUAUUAGAUUUAAUUAAAAUUGCAGCUUCAUAGAUACAAAGUGAAGGUAAUUUCAAGAUUUUUAAUUUCUUAAAAAUCUUAUCGCUUGCACAACUCUGUUUCAUGUAUUCCACAUAUGGAACGAAAACAUUUCUUUGACUUUUGAAAAGCUUUUUCUCUCUCUGAGGUAUUUCCCCAAUAGAGAAUUCCAUACUUAAGUGUUGAGCCAGCAAACGCAUGAUAAGCACUCAGAAGUGCAAAUUGUUUAGCGACUUUUCGUAACAUGUAAAGUGCAUAGGAGUACUGAUUUACUUUUGUACAUACGUGAUCAAUCUGUUGUCCAAAUCAUAUCAGAGUCAAUAUGGAUACCUAAAAGGUUAAUACAAUUAGUUUCCUUAAUUUUCUUCCCCAUAUUAUUAAUAUUUAUAUUAUUCAGAAUUUUUUUGUUUUUAAAUGUCGUAAAGUUAGUUUUAUCUAUGUUCAUCUUUAGAUUGUUAGCUUCUAGUCAGGAGACUGUCUUUUAAUGAGUUAUUUAUAUCUUCUUCGUAAAGUUUGGAAUCGUCAUUAGUAGAAAUUUCUGUGCUGUAGUCAGUAUAUAGGAUCAUUGGAUCAGUAAUAGCUUUAGGCAGAUCGUUAAUAUAAAUUAGAAAUAAUAAUAAUAAUGCUUCCUUGAGGUACCCCAUAUUUACAGUUCUUUGUUCAUAUUGAUAUUUCGUUUCAGUGUUAUUGUUUUAUUCAUCAGUCUAUUCAUUCAUAGUAUUAUCAGUCUAUUCUAGUUAUUUCUGUAAUUUGUUUUCUGCUUUGUAAAUAUGUUUUUACAAGUUUAUGAACAUUUCCUCUGAUCCCAUAUAUCUCUAAUGUUUUAACGAGGAUAUCAUGAUCUACAUGGUUGAAAGCUCUAAUCAUGUCCAUAAAUAAAGCAGUUGUAUUCUUUAUCUAGAUCACUCAUAAUUUUUUCUAAAAAUUCAUGGAUGGCUAAAUUUAUUGAAUUUCCCUUUCUAAAUCCAAAUUGUUCAUCUGUAAGAACUUUAUUUUCUCAAAGAAAUCAUACAUAGACUUGUAGAUAACUGUUUAAAAUUUUUUUGUUAUUACUUGUCUAAUACAAGUAAUAUAUUUUUUUUUAAUAGGUCUAUAGAAUUGGAUUUUUUUCUCUAUAAUUUUUUUAAAUAUCGGUUUGAUUACAGAGACUUUUGGUUUGCUGGGAAAUACACUUGUUUCUAUGCUUCUAUUAAUUAUGUGGCUAAUUACUGGUGAUAUGAUAUUAAACACAAAAAUUUUUGUUAUAUAUUUUUAUACUAUAAACUAACAUUUUGCCCAUUACUUCGUACACGUGGAUUUCAGAAGUAGGAAAAUCGAUUAAAUAGGCCAUUUCUAUAUGGGGUAUCAUGAUAAAACUCUUGGCGUUUUAACACCUUAACCAAUCACUAUGAAAUUUGGUAUACACGUACUAUAUGGGAUAGAGAAGGACGUAGCCUACUUUUUAUCCCGGUCACGCAAACGAAGUCGCAGGUAAAAGUUAGUCUUACAUAAAGGGAACAUUUGUCCUCUGAUAAAAUGUCCAUAUUUCGCGCAAGCCUCAAGACAUUUGCGUCUGUGACACGAAAUGUCAAGUAAACAUUAAUGAUUACGGCAUUCCAUAUGUUUAUUUAUGACACGAUCAUGGACGUACUCAAUUUCUGGCGGGGGGUGGGGGGUGGGAGAGGAGGGGUGUCAGAUUUGUCUGCGCGGUUUAUUCAAAUAUCAACGCUUAAUGUAUAUUGUAAGACAGUUUUCAGAGAGGAGGAAUAGCUAAACCCCCCCACCCCCCUCCACUGAGUAGGCUCAUGUAUACAAUAAUGUUUAUUUCAUGUUAUUGUACUCUAUUUUGAUGUUGUAUAAAUUGAAGUCAUAUUGAAGAAUACUGUAACUUGUGUACGAUAAAAUAAAAACACACGAGUGUCCUUAUUUUCUACAAAAUAUGAAUUAUAACCACAAAAUUAUGUCCAAUAUUAGUACAAUCGAGCUAAUAUUUGUUAGUGGGAAAUGUAUAAAUGUAAAAAAAUAAAUAAAAAAAAAUUAAUAAUUAUCACUUGUUAUUCGCUUAGUGUAAGGAUAAAAAUUGUACGCAAUGUUGCAAGUUUUAUAAUUUUCAAAACGAAUUAUUGUGGAAUUUUUAUUAUGGAUUUUAUUAUAUAUUUUCCAAUUUGAAAAAAUAAAACGCAUAUAUUUGCUGCUGGCAAUGUCCGCAAUUUCGUCUAUCUGGAAGUCAAGAUAGAAUGUAGUCUCAGUUAGGGGCGUAUUACACUAUCAAAUAGAUCAUAUUUAGAUCAUUACCAACUUAUGAAGCUCUCUGUCGAUGCACGUUUAAUAUCAAAGUUUUACAUUAUAAUUUAUUUCAAUUUUGUUACUGUAUCUAAAAAUGGCAAUGCAUGAAGGCACCGUGGGCAUCACAGUAUAUUUUGAUACGUCCAUGGUGUAGUUCAUGUCUAUAGGUGACGGUUUUUUUUUUAACAGAUGAUAAUGGAAUGGUAGCCCCGCUGCGCUAACGGUAUACACUGGCGGGGCAGCAGUGAAGUAUGAUAGGUGAGAAUGAUAAGGCUGGUCCAGAGGGGAUCACGUGGAGAUCGACGUGACAGAGUAUAUUGCUAGCAAUAGGACUGGUAGUUCGCAUUACUAACAGUCCCCCAGCCCCUUCCUAUAGGUGAUGGUUACCACUUCAUAUAGGCUGUCAGCGUGUCAUUUUAUGUAUAAAUUUGAUAAUGUAAUAUCGCAGACAAGGAUAGUGUAGUUUUUAUUACAAAAUCUAUUUUAAACAUCAAUUCACUAGUUCUAGAGAUUAACACACACAUUUUAAUUAAUAAAUUCUGUUUUAAGUACUCGUUGUACGUUUUAUUUGCGGACUCAGAUAUGUUCAGUAAUUGAGACUCAUUUUGUACCACACAGUGGACACCAAAGAUUUUUACAAAAUCACUCGACAUGGCGCUGGUUUUUCUGAACAUCAAUUUAUUUAUAUAAAAAUCUAAGUGGCAAUACAAAGACAUAAGUCUUAUUUGAUAUUAUUUUUUGUUUUCCUUUUUUAAUAUAAUAUAUGUAAAUACGAAAAAAAACGUGCGUUUCAAUAAUUGUAUAUGAGAACAAUAUUCCAUACUGUAAUAUACUAAGCGAUCAUUAUAUGACUUAAAAUAGGCUAAAUAUAUCUCAGUCAAGUUUGCGGGCAUCCUGUCACUGCGAUAGGCAUGAUAGAAACCGUACCAUGUGUUCUGAGCCUAAAUAUUAUUUACAAUCAGUCAAAAGGCUAAAAAUGUCAAAAAUGUAUUAUUUUAGAAGCUUUUUAAUAUCAAAUUGUAAAAUGUAUAAAAUUUAUGACUAUUCAUUUGGUCUGAAUCGGCUGUGUUAUAAAACUGUAUAAAAAGUAAUGCCCGAGUCUUUAUCAUGUAUUAUUUGCGUAUUGCUAAAUAAAUAACGUUAAAAAUAUGUAAAUACAUUGUUAUUGUAUAUUCAAGGGUUACUUUUAUACCUUAUUGGUAAUAGAUUCGGAGAAUUAAAUUCAGUGAAUUGUUACAAGUAUUUAUUAAACAAUUGAACAUACAUAAAAUGCAUCUUAAAGUGACACAAAUAAAUACAUUCUAAACUAUAA